AGUUUCGUUUCAACUGCUAUGAGGGGUGGACGCGCGCGGUCCCUUCGAUCCAAGUUCGUACGAAAAUAGUCAUGUCAGUGUUGUCUUUCGUCGCUUUCCUAAUGGCUCAAAAUGUUAAGUGUAAGUGACAUUAUACGGUAAAGUGCAAUAAGUGCUUACAGUUUUCCUAAGGAUAAUUAAGUUCGCCCGUAAUUAAUAUUGGAACAGGAUUUUUUGGUGGCGGUACAGGCUGAUUACUAAGUGACAAGUGAGAGUUAGUGUUGUGAUGUAUAUGUGACGUGUAUCAUGUUAUAAUAAAUAUGUUGACAAAAUGAAGCUGUGGAAAAGCUUGAAGAUCUCUAUAGGCAGUAAAACUGACCCUAAAAUAUACUCUCAAGAUUUGCCGCAGUGGGGCGCCCAAGGUUAUGAGUUGGAUGUCUUCAAAUCCCAGACAUCGUUAUCAACGGAUUCUGGACUUUGCACUGAGCGAGGUCUGAGGCGAACGCAUAUCGAGCUCAUCAAACCCCCUGGGAAAAGAAUUGGACUAAAACUGGCAGGUAAAGUUAUUAAAUUUAUUAUUGCUCUUCUUUUUAAUUUUAUGAUAUCACCAUUCCAAGAGAAAAACAAAACAGUUUAAAUUGUAAAACGGUCAGUAUUCGGAAAGACGUUUAUUACUUAUUAAUUAAAUGUCUGCGAGAGCGAUUCCAAUGUUGUUGCAUCAAUUUUCCAUUCGAUAUCUUUUUGCAAGUUCGAGUGUUUUCGAAGUAAAACUUUUAAACUAAAACUCUUCAUACACGACUUGUGGGUAACUUUUAUGCUCUCACUCACUGACUCCGGAGCUUUUUUGAAGCAAAAAUAACGCUCUUUCCCCAUUACACACAACGACUGAAUAUAGAAAUUAGUAAGUAUUAUAAAAUGUGUAGAGUAUGAUAUGUAGAGUAUUAUAUUAAGUAUAUACAAUUUUCAUUUAUAAUAUGUUAAACUUGGUAAUACGUGAUAGGGCCACGUCGCAAUGUAUUAAGAUGGUAGCACGAAUGAGCGAGCCGACCCGGGAUAGGAUCACGCUCUCAAAGAAUACCAGCGUAAAAUAGCAGCUCAAUGCUGCUGUGUUUCGUAUGAUGAGUGUAGAGAACGAGGCAUUCCAUCUCAGUCCUCAGGGGUGACAACGCUUCUGUAUUUUGAUUCUUAAUUGAGGAUAAAUGUAUAUGUUUAUGGGCCACAACAUCCACUUCCUAUCAGGUCGACUGUAUGCUCGUCAACCUUUUUCAAUAUAAUAAAAAACCUUAAAUUUAUUUCAAGCCUAUUUUUAUAUGUAUUAGUUUUAAAAAUAAUAGUCAAUAAAAUUUAUUAUAUAAUAAGAUAAAAGCUAUUAUUUUAUUGUAAACUAUUUUUAUUAUUAUUAAAAAUAUGAAUAUUUAUUAAUAUCAUUACGUUUAAAUUCAACCGCGCGUAAGGGUAACACUCACUCAUUUUUAACACGCUUUUAAUAGUUUCGCGUGGAUCUACUCGUAUCUAUUUAUGUAACGGAAUAUUUUAAUGUAGUAAUUACCAGCUUGUAGACGGCAAACUCACUUGAAUAUUUUGCACCGAUGACAAAACAAUAAUUUAAUAACUUUAUCCUAGUAUCCUAAUCAGGAUCAUCAGGAUAAAAUAAAAUUAUUGUCGGAAUCAUUAAUUAAACUCUUAUAAAAUAAUUGCUGUAUAAUAAUUGUUUGCGUAUAGAAUUUUCAUAUCACUGUAAAAAUUUAAAGUAACUUGUUCAAAGUCCAUCUAUUUAUUUAUAAAUAUAUGUUGUCAAAAAAGCACCGCUUAAUAUUGGAAAUUGAAGAGCGGAGGGAAAAAAAUUAGCAAUCACAAUUCAACAUUUUUUCAUAAACGUUGUAGAACAGAAAUAAAUAAAAAUUUUGCUUGGCACCAAAAAGUAGAAAUCAUCUUUCAAGUUGAUUCAGUUACAAUCUCACUAAGCUUUAUAAGAAAAACAAAUUUAGAUUUUCAAACGAAAUGCAC